GGCCGCAACGCAUCAAUCAUGGCGCUUAGCACGAAUGGGAGGAUCAGCCUUUACUGCUUCUGUUUAGCGGCGAGUGUUGUGCUCAUCUCCCUUAUUGGUGCCUUAGGUCAGCUGCUCUACUAUGUUGUCGAAGAUUACUGGCUGUUGCUCGCAACGGUGUACUCCACGUGUAUUCACGGUGUCCUGUACAUAUUUUACAAACCCCGUGGAAAUGCGUACAAGGUUGUUUGGAGAGCUGCAUUGCUUGGCACAGGGACGGGGCUUGGAAUCCUCACUAGUGUCCAUGGAUCUGACUCGUGGCGGGUAUUUGGCUGGUACCUGUCACUGCUUAGCGGCUUCCACUUCUCUGAGUACUUUGUAACAGCAGUCACGAAUCCCAAGUCACUGACUCUCGACUCAUUUCUGCUCAACCAUAGUCGGGAAUAUGGUGUAGCAGCAGCAUGCAGCUGGUUGGAGUUUCUCAUUGAGAGAUACAUUGCUCCUGGCAUGAAGCAGAUAUGGUGGGUCAGCUACAUGGGCCUUGCGAUGUGCGUGCUCGGUGAAGGAUUGCGUAAAGCAGCCAUGCUGACAGCAGGCACCAACUUCAACCACAUCAUACAGAACCACCGAGAGCAAGGGCACGUGCUGGUCACCCAUGGCGUGUAUGCCCUCUGUCGGCACCCAUCCUAUGUCGGCUGGUUCCUGUGGUCCAUCGGCACCCAGGUUGUCCUGGUCAACCCAGUCUGCACUGUGGCCUAUACUCUUGCAUCAUGGAAGUUCUUUAGGACGAGGGUUGAGGAAGAAGAGAUCACCCUUCUGACCUUCUUUGGUGAAGAUUAUGUGCAAUACCAGAAGCGGACUUGCACAGGCCUGCCCUUCAUCCAUGGGUUUCGUGCUGAAGUGUGAAGUCGGGGACCGUUUGUGAUGGUGCCUGUCCGUGGUGUGUGAACAUGGUGCCAUGUGCGGGUGAAAGUGUUCUCUUAUUUUGGGGGGGGACACUUCUCUGUUGAGGCCUAUUUCUAUUUGAGAUUCCUAUAGCUGGUUCCAUUGGUCAGUGCACAUUGCCCAUUCUCAAUUUUCUUCUAUUUAUUUUUUCUUUGUAAUUUCUUUUUUUUUUUUCAGGAGGUGCAUUUUCAGCUAUGUUAGUUUUCUGCUCUGCAACACUACCAGGGUGUCGAAACGAAAUGUUUCUUGUUCUGGUUUUAGUUUCGUUCCACUGAAAAAAGUUCCAUACAAGUGCUGGUCCAGAACGGAAAAAAAAGAAUGAUUUGUAAUGGUUCAUAAUGGUUUUUGUUGGCAUGCAAAGAUUUUCUAAGCACAGCCAUGAUAAAAACAUAGUAUUUAUUGUUCUCACAAAUUGAAUUACGAAUUCUGAGAUCAUGUUCAGUGCCAUGAGUCAAGGCACUGAGCAUGAUCUCAGAAAUCAUAAUUCAAUUAGUGAGAACAAAUAAUACUAUGUUUUUAUCAUUGUUAUCAUUUUUAUCAUUGUCAGAAGUAGUACACCAUUGAGUAUACUCGCCGAAAUGCGUGACCCCUGUUCCAAUAAAAGGAACCUAGGUGAAGGUUAAAGCUUCGAUAACAAAGCGUUGUAACCAUAGAAAACAACACGAUGAGCUCUUCAGCACGCAUGCCCUGGGUUUUGCUACAAUGCCACUCUGCUAGUGCAUCGAGCGGCAGGCUUAGAUUAGUGAAGCGCUCGACCGGCUAUCGCUCGUGUUAUCCUUGCCUCAGAUACGCGCUAAUGCUGACGUUGGCUGAUGUCGGUUGUUCCAGAUUCCUGACUUUCCCGUUGAACUGAAAACCGAUAAAAAAUAUUUCGGUUUCACUUCGAAAUAAAAUGGUAACACUUCGUUAUGUUUUCAUUCCGGUCAAAAAAAUUUUUUUUGUCAUUUUUCAUUUUAGUUUCUAUUCCAUUUUGACACACUGAGCACUGCUAUAUCACCAAGAAAAGAACACCAGAAUCUGAACUGAUCCAUAUUACUAACCUUGGAAUGAUGUAGUAGAAACGUGACCUUAUGUUAUAUGGUUGUGCUUGCACUGCAAAAGUGGUACACACAGGAACACUAACCUAAAAGACGAAAUGACCAUACACCAUAAAGUAAUGUCAUGCAAACUAGCUGCUGUUGAAGCACUUCUAAGUGGAAACGAGUGUCAAAGUACUUAGGAAUGUGUGUGAUUUUACGUGUACUAUAAGUACCAGAAGGUGUUCACAGGAGCACAGGAAUUUUUACUGUGCAGAAUUGCAAGCUCCCAUGUAUGUCUUGUGCACUUUUUAUUUGCUACCUCUGAAGCAUUCAGCAGAUGGGUCAGCAUCAUAUGCAUUGAGAGCAUAAGCCUUUGACCAGAUGAGAUUGCACCCCUUGUACAGUGAUAGUACUGCAAAAGUGUAUAAACCAAACCUAUCUGGUGUUCUUGCUUGCACAUCAGACAUGAGGAAUCUCAGGCAUGCACUUUUCUCCCCAUGUUGUUAAGCUGUGUCAAGUCGCGAUAAUUAUACAGUUGAAAAGAACCAUGUCUUCUUUUUCA